AUGACAAAACCUCGUGUGAUUUACUGGUUCCGUACGGAUCUUCGACUUCACGAUUCACCUGCUCUCAAAGCUGCUUUGGACCUUGAUCCAGCUGUACUUUGGCCUAUCUUCACAUGGGAUCCUCACUAUGUCUAUCGCGCGAGAGGAGGACUAAAUAGAUGGCAAUUUCUACUCGAUUGCCAGAAUGAUCUCUCCAAGUCCAUCACAAAAAUCAACCCCAAAUCAAAGCUCUUUGUCCUCAGAGAAGCACCGCAGACUCUCUUCCCAAAGCUCUUCAAAGCAUGGAAAGUCACACACAUAGUCUUUGAAAAAGACACAGACAGCUAUGCCCGUGAACGCGACAGUGUCGUCACCCAAGCAGCUAAAGAUGCUGGUGUUGAAGUCAUCGUCCGUUCAGGAAGGACACUAUGGGAUAGCGAUCAAAUAGUAGAGAAACACGGCGGAAAGCCUACCAUGUCUAUCAACCAGCUUCAGACCGCAGGGAGUAAGAUUGGCGCAGUCAAGAAGCCGAUACCUGCGCCUAAACAUCUCCCAGAUCCAGGAGAUAUGCCUGUUGACUUUGAUCAAGAGGAGCCAGAGACCAAACCAGACUUCAACUCUGAAUUCAGAACGGAAGGAGAUAAAGCCUACACCAAAAUCUAUGGACCAAAAGGUGACUUCGCCAUUGAAACAAUGGAGGAACUUGGCUUUCCGCCUGCAACUACUCCUCAUCGCGGAGGAGAGACGCUUGCGUUGAAGGAUCUCGACAAGAUCAUCGCAGACAAGAAAUACACAGCUACCUUCCAGAAGCCCAAGACGAGCCCAGCUCAAUUUGAGCCACAGGCGACGACUCUGCUAUCACCUCAUCUGCACUUUGGCUCACUCUCUGUGCGAGAGUUCUACUGGAGAGUAAAAGACGUCGUGGAUUCAUACAAGGGCUCUUCCUCACCACCUGAAAGUCUGAUUGGACAGCUACUCUUUCGAGAUAUGUACUUUGCUGCUCAGGCAGCAAUGGGAUAUGUCUUCACACAGACUGCGAACAACCCGUACUGUCGCUUCAUUCCCUGGCAUCUACCCUCAAAAAGAGACCCAGAGACCGGUCUUGUCACAGGAGACCACCACAUAGACUCGGAAGAGGCAGAGGUCUGGUUCCAAAGAUGGAGGGUCGGCAUGACCGGAUUUCCCUGGAUCGAUGCUCUUAUGCGGCAGCUGAAGAAUGAAGGCUGGAUUCAUCACCUCGGCCGCCACUCCGUAGCCUGCUUCCUGACUCGAGGAGGUUGCUACAUUGAUUGGGAACGAGGCUGCGAGGUCUUCGAAGAAUGGCUUAUCGACCACGAGCCAGCUUGCAAUGCAGGCAACUGGCAGUGGCUAUCCUGUACUGCAUUCUUCUCGCAGUACUUUCGCUGUUACAGCCCUGUAUCGUUUGGCCAGAAGUGGGAUAAGAACGGGGACUUUAUCCGUCGAUAUGUGCCUGAGUUGAAGAGUAUGGACGCCAAGUACAUCUAUGAGCCGUGGAAAGCUCCUCUACCAGAUCAGAAGAAGGCAGGUGUUCGCGUCAAAGGCGAUGGGCUGAACAACGUCGAAGAGGGUACAUACCCAAAACCAAUGUUCGACUUUGCCAAGAGACGCGAUGUGUGUAUUUCGUCCAUGAAGACUGCAUACCAGGUUGGACUUCAUGGGAACGAUGGUCAGGCACUCGAUGGAACGUGGCGCAAGCUGUUUCCUACAGACCGUGGUGAGGUGCAAGGAGACAUCGAGAGUGAUUACGGAGAGCAUGCUGAUUAUGCAGAGGAUGGAGAAGGGAAGACGGAUAACGAGGCCAAGGAGGAAGGCGAGGGUAUGGCAGCUGUCAAGAACGAAGACGGCGCAAAUGGUAAGCGAGGGAGACGGCAUAGCACUGAUAAGGUUGCAAAAAAGAAGAAGGCAUAG